AUGGUUACCGAGGCGAGCACGAAGCAGAACCAUGUGCUCGACUUCCUGAUGGACGUAAAGGAUGGCCAGCUUGCCGAAGCCCUCUCCAGGGAGCUGAAGUUCUUUGUGAACAUCGCGAAGAAGACCAAGGAGAAAGAACGGCGAAAGCGACGCCCGACGUCCGUGUUCUCCAACAAGGCAGCUCCGGAAGACAUCGAGUCGAUACUUUCGGUCACCCUGGAGCUCUUAGACAAGUGGGGAAGAUACUACGAGGCGGCCGGUACUCCGGGAGGUGCGAAGAUCGUGGAUGCCUGGAAGGAGCUGACUAAAGAGAACGUCCGCUUUCCCCAGGGCCCCGCAGAGUACGUCUUUCUGACGAAGCCCUCGGCCAGCCGCGACGCCGGGGCCUUCGGCUUUGGCGGCGGUGGGGGGCGCUCGAGCUUCGGUGGCUUUGGGGGCCCGGAGGUUUCGGCUCCAGAUUCCUCAGGGGCCGAGCUCUCGGAGCCUGCUCUGCAGGGCCUGGCUGCAGCCGUGCAAAGUGCCAUAGCCCAAUAUGGGCCAGGCUCUCCGGAAGCUGGGGAGGCCACGGCGCACUUCGAGUCGACGCUGGCUCAGUGGCAGCAUGCAGCAGCAGAAGCUGUGGAGAAGGGCGAUAUGGCAGCCUAUGAGCACUAUUCUGCAGUUGCCGUUCGUUAUGCAGAGCUCCAGAUCGGGUCGCCCUCCGCCUCGACGGAGUUUUCACGGACCUUCUCGGGCGUGUCAGGCGUGUCCCCAUCGCCCCCCGACUCAGACACUGUGCCGGAGAGCCAUAGCAGUUCGCACAAGAAGCAUCGUCGCCGGAAGAAGGAGUCACAGCCCGAAGCAUUUGAGGUUCAGCCCGAGGUGGCGAUGACACCAAGCUUCGGGCACCCGCAGAACGACUGGGCGGAGGCGGAUGCAGCGGCGGCAGCUUACCGCGCCGGGGAGUUUGGUGGGAGCUUCGGUGUGGGCUCCUCCGGCUUUGCUUCCGAUCCCGGGGAUUCCAGCGACCCCUUCGGGGCCCCUUCGGGGGCCCAGGGGAUGAGUUCGGAGGACUUCGGGGGACUCGCCGGAGGCCUCUCCGGCAGCUUUCCGGAUGCAAGCAUGGCGCAGUUUGGAAGUCAGCCUGGUGCGUAUGGCGCUGGAGGCUAUGACUACGGCUUGAACACAGGAGCGUUUGAUGCACCCGGCGGCCAAGCGACCCAACCUUCAAUGGACUACGAUCAGCCGUUUGGUCGAGGCACAGACCCAAACUCCUUCAGCGGCUCCGCCAGUGCCAUGAUGGCCAUGGCCGGAGGCUCUCAAGGUGCCGAGAGCUUCAACAAGGCUCCAGCACCGGAAGCAGGGGCAGUCGACCCAGCGACAGAGGAGGUGGAUUCGGAGGCCGCGGAGGGGGAGGAGGGUGGCUCCCGGCUGCGCCAACUCUGCGACCGCUUGCAGGCAGAGGUGGAGGAGCUCAAGGGCCAGCUGCAGAGCUCCAACUCUAAGGAGCUGAAGGCUGCCCAGAAACGCAUCAAGGAGCUGGAGCGCCAGCAGCAGCGGCAGGAGGGUCAAGACUCCAGGGACUUGACCAUCUCAGCUCUACGGGAGACCAACAUGCAGAUGCAGGCCGAACUUGACCGGCGAGGUCUAGACUUAGCAGCUGCUCGUCGAAAGGCUGUGGAGGCGGAGAAGCGCUUGUCGGAGAAGGAGGAGGUUUUCUCCGACACAUGCCAACGGUUGGUCGAAGCACAGCAGCGCGUGGUGCAGCUGGAGGGUGAGCUCACCCAUCAAAGGGAGGCAGAUGGUUUUGAGUUUUGA